AUGGCUCGCCCAGCAUCUUCAGGCUCAGACGUGCUCCUCUACUUCUUGGCAAUCUUCCUUCCGCCAGUGCCCGUCUUUAUCAAAACAGGAUGCUCUGCUAAUUUUUGGAUUAACAUCUUGCUUUGCUUCCUUGCAUGGCUACCCGGCGUGAUUCAUGCUUGGUACAUCAUCAGUAAAUACGAAACACCAGCUCGUGUCGCAUAG